AUGUGGAAAAAUCUCACCUUAGAAGCUGAGCUUCUCCCUCUACAAGCACACAGCAACACCUCUCCCAUCUCCCGCACCGGGCUGGUGCUGCCAGCCAACGCCAGCUCGGGCCGGGGGUCUCGGGUCUCAAUAAGGCCCCCGCCAGGGUCUCGGAUCUCAACCCCGACCCUGCCAUCACGCCUCUCUGAGAGAAGAGCCUCCUCUGCCCAUGGGCUGCAGGCCCCAUUUCGAGGGGCCCUAAGGCUGGGAUGGAAAGAGGCCGCUCCCGCCAGCGCCAGCCCCUGCCAGCGCCAGCCGCCGCCAGCGGCCCUGCCCGGCCAGCCCCGCAUCUCCUCGCAGCCCAGCAGAAGAAAACGCUCCCGUCCGGGCACAGCUCCGCACCUGCCAACCUCCCCCGGGGACACAACAAAGCACCACCGGUGCAGGAAGGUGGGGGACAGCACCUGGACCACCCCCCCAACCCUCACCAACGCCCUCUCCACGGCCCUUCCGCGACCCCGCACCGCCCCCGCAGCUGCACCUGCCGCAGCGCCACCGCCAGCAACACGCAAGCCCCGGGCAGCCGCCAGCACCACCGCCGCCACCUCCAUCCCGGGGGCCUGGCGGCCCCCCGAUUCUCUAACACCGCCUCCGCCCGUCCAGGGGCCGCCCCCGCCCGUAGCGGGCCGCCCACUGCGUCAGCUUCGUAAGGACCGCUACGCACCCAGCGGUGGUGGCUGUGACCUGGUGGGCUGGGAGGGACGCACCGUGGCGUGGUUCCAUGUCCCACCCGUGUCCCGGGCCUCUCCCGGCAGCCGGUGCCCGGUAAUUCUGUGCGGGAGCCACGAGGAGGAGCUUUCAGACCGCACCGGAGCAGCCCGCGGCUCCCGGAGCAUCCCAGUGCUCCCGCUGCUCCCGGAGCAUCCCAGUGCUCCCGCUGCUCCCGGAGCAGCCCAGUGCUCCCGCUGCUCCCGGAGCAUCCCAGUGCUCCCGCUGCUCCCGGAGCAUCCCAGUGCUCCCGCGGCUCCCGGAGCAUCCCAGUGCUCCCGCGGCUCCCCGAGCAUCCCAGUGCUCCCGCGGCUCCCGGAGCAUCCCAGUGCUCCCGCUGCUCCCCGAGCAUCCCAGUGCUCCCGCUGCUCCCGGAGCAUCCCAGUGCUCCCGCUGCUCCCGGAGCAGCCCAGUGCUCCCGCGGCUCCCCGAGCAUCCCAGUGCUCCCGCGGCUCCCCGAGCAUCCCAGUGCUCCCGCUGCUCCCGGAGCAUCCCAGUGCUCCCGCUGCUCCCGGAGCAUCCCAGUGCUCCCGGGGCUCUCAGUGCAUCCCUGUGUUCCCAAGGCUCCCGGUGCUCCUGGAGCAUCCCAGUGUUCCUGGAGCAUCCUGCUGCUGCCAGGGCUCCUGCUUGGGGGAACAGCCAAAAACGGAGAGCACCAGCCCAGGAGACCUUGGGGAGCUGUGGGACAAGGUGGCAGAACCCGGCUCACCACCCGCUCCAAAAUUCCGCUCCGGGUUUUUCUUCUGCCGCCGCCGCCGCCUCUCCCGCAGUGCCCCGGCCCCAGCCGCCGCGCCCCGGCCCCGGGAAAACCCGGCCUGGAUUACAAAGGAUCUGGACAAUGGACAACCUGCGGGGGUGUAUUCGGGGCGUCGUGGGGUUUCCUCUCCCGCCAGCAGCGAGCAGCAAGUGGAUGCGCGAUCGGGGUGCACACCCCCCCCCCCAAUCCCCCCACCCUUCCCUUACACCCCCCACCCGCAGCAGGCAGCGAACGGGCAGGCAGCGAACGGGCAGCCCCUGGGCUACCGGACCCCCUCCACCCCCCAACCCCCCCCUCUCCCUCAUCCCCGUUACCACCACCGCAUGCCGGCCCCCGCCGCUCCGCCGCCGCCUCCCGCGGCCCCCGCACCCGCCCCGCCGCCCGCCGCCCUUGUCUGA